CGAGCGGAGACGACCGACGUGCGCUCCUCUUCACUCCUCGCAGCGGCGACCGAACUCACGCGGGACUUUCAUUAUAAUAAGCGCUCGGCUGCAUAGACGAGCGACCGACGUUGCAGUGCUGCCAACGACCCCGUACUCGCUUGCUCCACCGUUGCCCCAUUGCCCCAUUGGCCAUGGCGCCCAACACCAACAGCAGCGCGGACGUGUGCGUCGAGGACGCGCGCAGCAGCCUCUCGCUCGACAGCUACGACGUCGGCGCCAUCAUGAGCCCGCGCGCCACCGGCAAGCACGACCCGGAGGACGUCGUCAUCUUCUUCGACUGGGACGACACGCUCAUGGCGUCGUCUGCCAUCGCCAAGCUGGGCCUCUGCCCCAAGUACAUUAAUGAGGAGCCGGACAUCCCCGACGAGGUGCAGGCCGAGCUCAAGGAGCUCGAGGAGUCCGUCGUGCAGCUGCUGGAGACGGCGCUCUCCUACGGCCGCGUGGUUAUCGUGACGGCCGCCGAGACCGGCUGGGUCGAGCUGUCGGCGUCGCUCUUCAUGCCGCGGCUCGUGCCGUUCUUCAACACGCGCAUCAAGGUCAUUUCUGCGCGCUCCACAUACGAGUACCUGUACCCGGACUGCCCGCGACGGUGGAAGAUUGAGGCGUUUAACAACGAGGUGUUCCCCGUAUGGGAGUCGUACGGCGAAGAGAACUCGGCGGGCAUCCCGCGGCACGUCAUCUCUCUGGGUGACGGCCCGACGGAGCGCGAGGCGCUGAUCAACGUCAAGAUGCAGGCCAUGGACGCGUGCCACGGCAAGUCCAUGAAGUUCAUCGCGUACCCGAAGAUCAGCGAGCUGCAGCUGGAGGUGGAGCUUAUCCUCGCCAACAUGGAGCAUCUGUGCACUCACGAAGGAGACCUCGACCUGCAAAUCACGUGGGAGAUGCUUAACGGAGGCGCAUAAUCGCCCAGAGCGCGCAGUUGAAGACGUGGUUGCAGUGUUGUGUCUUGCGCGCGAUGCCGAUGGCGUUGUCGAGUUACCGAGGAGUGUGCCGGGACGCGAUGCGUGCUGGAUGGCCGGUGCUGCUGCUGCUUGAACAAUGUGGAUAGAUGUAAAGUAUGACCGCGGGCCAAAAGACGUUUUUGGGAGGGCCCGACAUUGAACAAGUGCCAAGAAUCAGCCAAAGGUGAUGACGAUCGUGAACCAAGCUCACCAGCAGCGCGACCACGCAGCCAGCGAAGUGCAAGCAGAUG